UAGACCGCUUCAAGCCUUCCAUUUUUCCUCUCUCUUCUUCCAUUUUUUCCCUAUCUGAUAGGGUUUCAACGAUCUUCUUUGCCCGUUUUUCUCUCAUGCAUUCACAAUCUCAGGCUGAAUUCAUCUUGAUCGUGUUCAUCAUCUUCGUUUCCUCUCUUCUUUUUGCUCUCUUUCGAGGGUUUUUGGGUGCAAAUCCGUGCAGAUUCCACCUCCCGGGGUUUUUUGAGCUAUACUCAUGUCGAAGCUCUUUGCCUAUUCCGGUAGUGAAGAUUUUUGCCCUGGAGGGUCAAUAUAUCCAAAUCCCAAGGACUCAAGUUUAUUCUUGUCCCUUCCUUACCACGUCGAUGUCUAUUUUCCUCCUCGCAAGAAGUCUCGCAUCAUCGCUCCAUUUGUGUUUGGUGGAGGAGUUGAAUCAAAGGCAAAUGUUUCCAUCGAGAUUCUUCCAGAUGAGUGCUUGUUUGAGAUUUUCAGACGAUUGUCUGGUGGCAAAGAAAGGAGUGCCUGCGCAAGCGUUUCUAAGCGAUGGCUUAUGCUUUUGAGCAAUAUAUCUUCCCACGAGUUGAAGUCCAAGGAUGAGGUGACCUUGAAGGAGGUUGAGGACAUUGAAAUUGAGAGUGAUGGAUAUCUGUCUAGGAGUUUGGAAGGGAAGAAGGCAACAGAUCUCAGACUUGCUGCCAUUUCGGUUGGAACUGCAAGUCGAGGGGGUUUAGGCAAGCUCGUGAUCCGUGGAACUAAUCAUGUCAGCAAGGUUACAGACCUCGGACUCAAGACAAUUGCUCGUGGGUGUCAAUCUCUAAGGGCUCUUUCUUUGUGGAAUCUGUCUUCAAUUGGAGAUGAAGGUCUUUGUGAGAUUGCCAAGGCAUCUCACCAUUUGGAGAAGCUUGAUCUCUGUCGAUGUCCUGCUGUAUCUGACAAGGCUGUGGUUGAGAUAGCUAGGAGCUGCCCAAAGUUGACUGAUAUUACAAUAGAAUCUUGUGCGAAAAUUGGAAAUGGAAGUCUGCGAGCUAUUGGGCAGUUCUGCCCCAAGCUGAAGUCUAUUGUGAUUAAAGAUUGCCCGCUUGUUGGAGAUCAAGGAAUUGCAAGCUUAUUGUCUUUGAACACUUGUGCUUUGAAUAAGGUGAAGCUUCAGGCGUUGAAGGUUUCCGAUGUGUCCCUUGCUGUUAUUGGGCACUAUGGCAAGGCUGUUACUGACCUUGUCCUCACCGAUCUUAAGAAUGUUAGUGAGAAAGGGUUCUGGGUCAUGGGAAAUGGUCAUGGACUACAAAAGUUGAAGUCAUUCACAGUUUCCUCCUGCAAUGGAGUGACAGACAUGGGGCUUGAAUCUGUUGGAAAGGGUAGUCCAAAUUUAAAGCAUUUCUGUCUAAGGAAGUGUUCAUUUUUAUCUGAUAAUGGCUUAGUCUCUUUUGCAAAAGCUGCAAGGUCUCUUGAGUGCUUGCAAUUGGAGGAGUGUCACAGGAUUACUCAGUUUGGAUUCUUUGGUGUCCUUUUAAACUGCAGUACAAGCUUGAAGGCUCUUUCUCUCAUAAGCUGCUUGGGAAUUAAGGACAUGAACUCAGAAUUGGCUAUGCCGGCCUCUAGUGGAUCCUUGCGGUCGUUGACCAUCCGCAACUGCCAUGGUUUUGGCAAUAGAAACCUUGCUUUACUGGGCAAGCUGUGCCCCCAGCUACAAAAUGUGGAUUUUAGUGGACUUGUUGGAAUUGACGAUUGUGGGUUGCUAGCUUGGCUCCAAAACUGUCAGUCAGGUUUAAUGAAGAUCAAUGUUAGUGGUUGUGUCAACCUGACCGACAAGGUUGUUUCAUCCAUGACCGAGCACCAUGGUUGGACCCUUAAAAUGCUUAAUCUCGACGGUUGUAGGAAGAUCACAGAUGCUAGUUUGACUUCCAUCGCAAACAACUGUCCGUCACUCAGUAAUCUCGAUGUCUCAAAAUGCUCAAUCACGGAUUCAGGAGUUGCAGCUCUAGCUCAUGCCAAGCAACUGAGUCUGCAGAUCUUUUCGAUUUCUGGUUGCUCAUUCGUAUCAGACAAAAGCUUGGCAGACUUGAUAAAUUUGGGUGAUACUCUUGUGGGUCUGAACAUCCAGCAUUGUAAUGCUAUCAGCAGUAGCACUGUUGAUCUGCUUGUGGAGCAGCUCUGGAGGUGUGACAUUCUUUCAUAAAUUGAUGGCACUCUGAAGCUAGUCGAAGAAUUUUGAACCGUAACUUAACCGCGAAUGUCCGUAACUCUAGCUAGCUGUUCCGAGUGAGGGCCAGUUCACAAAGUUUUGGGGUAUAUAUAUAUAUAUAUUUACCAAAGAUCAUCCCAGUCCAUGCAGCAUUUUGGUUCUUUUUUUUUUUCAGGGUAUAUGGCCAUCUCCCUCUCAUUUUUUGCAGAUCUUCAAUUCCUUGGCGAUCUGUUGCCUAGUAGAGGGAUGUGUACCUCUUUCGAUGGCCAAUUUUCCCCGAGAACGACAGUACCAGAAUCUGUGUCGCUGGGUCUCGAUGCCUGGAUUCACCCUGCCCCUCGAAGAUGCCACGUCAUAGGUCCAUGCUUUUCCCGGUUUGCUGAUUUGGUUUUUUUUAAGGAGUCUAAGUUCUAGAAAUUGCUCUUGCAUGUCAUGGUUUUGGCUUGUAGGAUUUUCCUCAUAAAGGGUAUGGUUAUAUAUAUAAUGUGAGUGUUUUGUAGUGUUCAUGGGUCAUUGUUGUGGUUGCUUUGGACAGUUCAAAAACUAUGGUGCCUUGUGUUUCCAUGGGCUUUGGCCAUCACAGCUCUUUUGGGUUGUUUUUUUCCUUAUUGCCUGCCAAGCCCUAGUGUUUGAGGUACCUCUUUUUUUUUCCCCUCAUUGGAGAACUGUACAUGCAACCUCCUCAUUUUACAUGUAAUAAAAUCUUCACUCUGCCCUGCCCAUUUUGUUUUA